AUGAGUCACGAACCAAUUUGUGACCCAAAUCAGUCGCAAAAUCAAACGGUACGCGCCUUUCAAGGCACAGGAAGCCAAGGAGGAAGAGACUUCGAAAUUACGCUCAUGGAUAAAAAGUUAAUUGGAAAUGGAAGCUUUGGAAUGGUAUAUCGUGCUUGUUUGGCAGAGAAUGGAACGAUGGUCGCAGUGAAGACUGCGUUCCAGGACAGACGUUUCAAGUGCCGCGAAGUAAACGUCAUGAAGGAUCUAGAUCAUCCAAAUAUUGUUCGGCUCUAUUACUAUUUUAUGACUGAGGAGAAUCAAGGGUCCGACGUGAUAUCUUGCGUUAACUUGGUUUUAGAGUUGAUGCCUCAGGACUUACAUAAUUUUCAAAAACAAUACGCUAUCAAAAGAACGAUUAUGCCACAACUGCUCAUACGUCUUUUCUCUUAUCAACUUCUACGCGGGCUUGGAUUUUUGCACAUGAACAACAUUGUCCACCGUGAUAUUAAGCCUCAAAAUUUGCUCGUGGAUGCCAAGAAAGGUCUUUUAAAAAUAUGCGACUUUGGUUCGGCUAAGUUUAUCAAUUACAACGAGCCUAGCGUCUCGUACAUUUGCUCACGCUACUACCGCGCGCCCGAAGUUCUCAUGGGAUCAACUAAGUAUGGUUCUGCAAUCGAUUGCUGGUCAGCUGGUUGUGUCAUUGGCGAAAUGAUGAGCUUUAAACCACUUUUCAUUGGCGACAGCGGUACUGAUGUUCUCACUAAGAUAAUUAAGGUUUUGGGUACUCCGACAGAUGAAGAUAUUGCGAGCAUGCAAAUUGAUAAUCAUGUCUCCUAUUUAAUGAACAAGUCCGAGGGAGAAGGACUUCAGAGCAUAAUUCAUGUCCAAAUGAAGAAAGACGUUAUGCAGCUCGUCACUUCGCUUCUUCACUUCAACGUUUACUCCCGCAUUCAUCCGAUGGCCGCACUUCAUAUGGAUUACUUUAAUUCCAUCCGUGCUGAAACCAUUCGCGUAAUGAAGAACUCGGCAAUUUUGGAUGAGAUUCCACCUCUGACUGAUUUUUUGCAAGAUGAGUACCUUUUCCUUCAGAACACGAUUUCCUACCAAAACCAUAUGCAUUGA